CUUCGAUUGUCAGUUGUGCUAGGCGUAACCAAAGAUGUUCCACAUCCUCAGACUCGAAUCAACCGUCGACUUGAGCGAGCCGCUCAAGGAUAACGGCAUCAUCGUCUUCCAAUCGGACAAGCUCGACCUUGAACCAAGCCCCAACUUGGGACCCACCGGGAUCGACAACACCAACGUCAACUUGAUCAAUGCUAAAGGAGACGUUCUUCUCCACAUCGGCAUUCGACGAAGGGAGAACGCCUUUGUCUUCAACAGUAUCCCGUACGGCGAAAGCCGGGGCCCUGAGGAACGAAUUCCUCUCGAAGGAACCUUUGGCGACCGAAGGGACCCCUCUAUUACCGUCUUCGACCACCCUGACCGUUACCAAAUCAUGAUUGACUACAAGACGGUCUACUAUUACAAGAAGAGGCUCGAGGGGAGGUGCGAGAAAGUGUCCUACAAGAUCAACGAAGGGCAGACCCCGCCUUUCUCUGAUGUUUUGGGUGUCACCGUCCUCUACUUUGCUAACGUCAUGCCGCGCGCCAAUUGAGAUAUACGUUCGUGUAGUUAACGAGAUCCAACCUUGUACCUGUGUAUAGACUUUUGAUGAACGAUGUAGUAGUGAAGUCAUGUACUUGUUCGUGUAC